GUUUGACUGAUGCCUAGCUUGAAUCCAACAGUGUGGAGGGGAAGGGUCUUCAUCAUUCGGCCCUCUGCCCUCCAACCUCCCUUCCAGAAGCCCCUCCCCUCACAGCUGCCCGCAAUUUCCACGCCUUUUUCCACAAUCUCAACGCCUUUCCUUGCCAAAGGUACUCACUCUCUCUGUGCUUGGCUGUGUCACCUGACGCAAAGACUUUCUCUGUUUCUCGUUUCGUAGCCCUCUCCUCUCUCUCUCCCUCUUUACUUACUUCCUUAAUUUGGCGGACGGGCAAUGCUUGUUCGUACGUCAACGUUACACAAGAGCUGAGUGUGGAGUGCGUAUCUAUAUACAUAUACACACACACAUUUGUGUGUGUGUGUGUGUGUACAUGCGUCAAGGCUCUCGAUUACCUGCUUGUUUAGGAGAUGCAUGGCCGAUAUAGAUCGUUAGCAAUGGAGUACAGGCCAAUAGUUCUGCUAGGGAAUGUGUAGGUCAUCUGCUUGAAGUUCUCGUGCGUUACUCAAGUCAAACGAGUGGUGGGUUUGAGCAAUUCGGCUUAAAUUGCGUUUUUGAUUUGAGCCAUCGUCACGUUCAAGAGUUCUUUCGUAUUGGGGUUAGGCCUGGAAGAGGCUGUGUGAAAAUCCUAAGGGAUUGGCGCAGGUGAUUAUCACAAUGGCGAUGCAGGGUAGAGCGAAAAUUGAAGUUGGUGGCAGGGUUUUUGUGACCACGAUGCAAACUGUGGAGAAGGCAGGAAAAGAUUCUCACCUGUACAAGACAGUCAGUCAAAGCGGGCAAGGUUGGUUUGAUCGGGACCCCGACAUGUUCAACAUAUUGCUCAACAUGCUAAGAACUGGAGUUGUUUAUCCGAAACCUGAGAGCUUAGGUUUCUUAGACAGAUUGAUUGAAGAGGCCACGUUCUAUGGAAUUGAAGAGUGUCUUCGGAAUGCGCAUGGUCGUGCUCCGUUGAAUGGAAUUGAUGCUGAGAAGGCGAAGCCGAUUAUUCCCAGUGGCAUCGACAUUCCUGGAGCACUGGCAGCAGGACCAGAUGGCUCCGUCUGGAUUGGCCACGGAAGUAAAAUUACUGUCUACGACUGGGCGCUUCGCAAAAAGAAGACCACACUUACGGAGUUCGGUUCUAUAGAUAUUAUGCACCGCAUUUCGGAUGAUUUGGUUGCAGGUGGUGAGAAAGAUUUACCAGGCCUUCAUUUAUAUGAUGUGACGCAGGGCAUUCACGCGAAGACCGUGAUGUGGACGGAUGCCAACGAUCCUAGGGUUUACAACGCCGUCGUGCAAGCGAUUGCAUCAAAUGCUUCGUCAGUGUUUGCUAGUUUCGAAAAUGGGCAAAAACUUGACAACACUCUGCUUGUCGUGGACAAGGCAACUUCGCAGGUUAGCCGAGAAUUUGGAAGGCAGAAUGGCCAGGCUGCACACACGAAAGCGGCGACCAAGCUUCAGUGGUUAGAAUCGAAGAAUCUCCUUUUCGUCGGGUCUGUGCAAGGGGGUUCUUUCGGAUUCAGUGGAUACAUGAGGCUGUGGGACUUGCGGGCGGACAAAAUAGUUUGGGAUUGGAAGGAGCCUAAUUUCCAAAGAGCUUCACGAGGCUUCGAGCAGCAAGACGUGUUCGCAGACAUGGUCGUGGAUGAAGAGCUAGGAUCCAUUUUUAAGGUAGGCGUCCAGUCUGGUGCGCUCUACUUAGCGGAUCUGCGCAUCCUCGACACACAAAAUCCUUGGUUGGAGCUGGAGGAACUAAAUCAUUUCUCUGACAAAGCAGUCACUGGUGCGAACAAGAAGCUCAUCUCAUACAACAAGCAGGUUUGGUUAUCCCAAGGAGCGGAUGUUGAGGUCUGGUCUGAGGUGCCCUUGGCAGAGAGUUUUAGGCCGAAGGAAGAAAAAGAGUUUUCGGAGUCGUCGUUUCGUAGGAAUCGCCUCGAGCACCGUCGUCACCCUGGCCAGGAGAUUACUCAGAUGGUGGCCGGAGGAGGCCGACUUUUCAUUACGCGCAAAGAUUUUCAGGGGGUUGAGGUCUGGGAGAGUCAUUGAUAGCGAUUAGCACAUCUUUUUCGGCUUUGUUGCAUCGGUUCCUGCCUAUUCCAUGGUUGUCUGUUUUCAGGCUACCUCUCCAACAUCAUAAACCACCUAUCAAACAAGCACAGGUUCCAGUCUAUCUCCUUUCUUUCUUUUCAGUCAACUUCUUGCAGAAUUGUUCGACGGCAGGUCAAGAUCGAUGGCGAGUUGGAACCCCAAGAUGACGUGUUGGAAAGGCGACCAAGCUCGGCAAUUACUUGUAUAAGCCAUGAAUCUGGGCUUGUGGUUAUUGAAAUUUGUUUCCUGAUUGUGAUCACAAGUUCAUUAAGGUGCACAUUAUCGACGAGGACGGCAUGUACUGUAGCAGACUGUAGCAGAACUUAACUCUUAGCAGAUACAGGUUGUAUUCAAUUCUGUACCAUUUGUAACCAUGCCUCAAAAUUUUCCCACUUCCUGCAAUAUAUAUUACGUAGUAUGUUACUGCACGCA